UGCUGAUCAGCUUUGACCGCCAUUGUUCGUUUGAAUGCGUGAGGUGUGAGCAUUUAGUUGAGUGGCGUGGUUGUCCCAGCUCAAAACGUGCUAUUGACGACGGGUGCCGGUCGAUGUCCGGCCCCAGUAGGGCCUAGUGAUCUACGAAUAAGUUGACUAGGGAACGUGCGGUCGUGCUAGACACGUUCGUUCUCGGGCAUGGUUGCUUUCCGCCGAUAGGACUGCGAUUGUUUGUGCAACUUCAGCAGCGAAGGACGGCGGCAGAAAGAACGUAAUCGUAGUUGUAGCAGUAGAUGUAUCUAAUAAUUACAAUAGUGCUUGUGGUAAUGGUGGCUUGAAAUAGAGGCAGGCAGCCAACACUUGUCCGUGUCUGCGUGCGUCUUAGCCAGCCUACAGUAGAAUUGACUAAUAUACGAGGUACUAAACCAAGUAGGGAUAACAAGAAAAAUCAUCGGGUGCCGUAGGCGUCGUAAAGGAAGAGUAAUAGCAGCCAAUAUCACACGACAGACGGGACUGCCGUUGGUCGAAAAUCGAAGACGCGCAGAGCCCACGACAACGGGGCGGCCACUCGGACAGAGCAUGGCUGAAAAACGUUCUUCGCUUGGCUCGCGGGCCGACAGCAUCAACAGUUCAAGCCAACCGCGAGGUGGCAAGCGGCGACGAACGAUGUUGGACUCUGUGGCAGAAGUUGCCAAGUGGUUACUACCAUCGUGGGCAAGUGAACACGAGGCUAUUGGACAGAUGUCUGCCGGAUACCGGGUGCCACUGAGCGACGACCAGCCUUCAGGCUCUGGAUCUUCUACCGGAUCACAUGGGCGACAUUACAGCAACCUUAGAAACGGCGGUGAGCGUAGUUCCAAGCUCGCUCGCUUUAAUAACGACAUAGCACCUCACUCGGCAACGAGACGUGGUACGCAUGGGGUCAUUGUUACGCGCCUUUCUUCUGUCACACUAGUAUCUCCCCCAACCACGUCAACCGAUGAUGCUUGUGACCUUGACGAUGGAUCGGACUCAUCAACAUCAGGCUGUUCCUCCCUUUCUCUUGCGGGAACGAAUCCUCCAACAUCAGCGGAGGCAAGCACUCCCGACGGAGUCGAUCAUCGAUCGAACGACCAACAGCGAGUGCCCAAUCGGCCAAAUCCCGGUCGCUCUGCAACUUUAAGACCUCCACUACAAACAGCAGCGGCCCCCAGUACAGACAAUAGCAAAACCAGAGAUGUCAGUAUCGGUGCAGAACAGAUUGCCAUCACCGCGGAAACCUCAGCAGCCGAUCCGUCAUCGUUAAAUUUUUCGCUUUUCUCUCGGCCAUCUCGAGCGCUCUCAUCCACGCUAAAUACCACACUUCCAUUGGCAGGAAAGCAUAAUAGACUCCUGUCGUCGUCGCUUCAGAAGCCUGAACGAAGUCUAAACCGUAGCAUUUUCUAUGACGGGAAGACAACUUAUGGCGGAGCAGCGGCACACAGAAAGCUUAAUUUGUUUUCCCCUAGUCCGUAUCAAAUGUCAGCGACACGCUCUAAGGCCCCUUCAAAUGUGCGUGUUCAAGGACAGAACUCGUCGGCGAAAAGGCUAAUUCAAGCUUUGGAGAGGAUAAACACGCCUGUACAGAAUGCGAAAAGAAUUCCUAUGGGUAGGCCAGACAGCGUCGCUUCUCAAGAUUCAGAACUCAGGCGCAAAGAGGCGCUAGAAUCAAUUGCAUCACUUCGCCAAAAUAUGCCACCAACAUUGAGCACAUGUCGUACGCCAGUUGAGAACGCCAAGAUCGGUAGUAAUGUGACGUCAGCUGCCCAGCACGAUUACACCAUCGAUGUCGAUUCAGACAAAAUACCAGUUCCACCGAUAGCGUCUAGUUUUCCUCUUGUCACUUCAACUCCAUCGAGCCAUCAUCGGGUCUCAAAAGUUAUCGAUGUUCCUGGUACAGAUAAAGGCGGUGGGAAGAUAAAACCGACGAAAUCGAUUCAUUCUAAUCGGAAAGGCUUGAUUCCCGAGGAGGAACCAGCUCCCGAGGAUCCUGAUCUAGUUUCCGUACCUCUUCCCAUUAAAACAUUACCUCACUUUAGUUUUUCAACUAAACCUUCGGUUGUGGUUGCUGCAGGGACAGAACCGGUAUCGAAGGCUGGAUCUGUACGUUCGCCGUUAACUUCGCUGGCGGACUUCAGUAACAAGCCCUUUGAAAAAUCGUCCGUGCCGCCUGUGUGUCCUGGCGCAGAUUCUCCUGAAGUGUUUACUUUCGCUGGGCCGGUAAGUCUUGCAAAGCCCACUGAGGUGUCUUCGUCCAAAGAGGAGGAGUUUAAAUUCAAACAUCCUCUUUAUCUGAAUAAGGGCGGUAGUAUUGAUAAUACCCUAAACAAAACACCUUCAUUUACGAUCGCAGCACCCACUAUGAUUGUAGGCAAUCCUGGUAGUCUCAAAGUAAAAGAGAUUGGUAAGACCCCCUCGCCAUCGGCCGAACUCGCUACAUCGGGAAGUGUGCUUGACGCUCUAAGCUCGGAAAAAAAAGAUAAAAUGCCGAGUGAAGCCUCAGACUGGGGAAGUCAGUUUCGGAAGUCCCCCAGCCAGUGGGACUGUCCAACGUGUUUCGUUACAAAUGGGCCCAACGAUGACAAAUGCAAAGCAUGUGAAACAAAAAAUCCAGCGAUAACUUCUACGGCUGUCGCACAAAGCUCUGCAUCAAGCGCUGCUCCACCAAAUCAAUGGGGGGACUUAUUUAAGAAAGUACCUGGCUCAUGGACAUGCAAUGAUUGUAUGGUUAGCAAUGAUUCCGAGUCGACUAGUUGCGUGGCAUGUUCGAAGCCGAAACCAGUUGUGAAGCUAAGUAGUGGACCCAUGCCAACUUCCAGCGUAAAACCCGCAUUGCCAUUUGGCGGUGUUUUCGUGAUGCAGUCUGGGUGGCAAUGCAGUAAGUGCCCCCAAAGAAAUGAUAUAAAGAGUGUGAAAUGUGCCUUUUGUGAAGCGCCUAAGCCAGGUCAAGUGGCAUCUUCAACUACUGCUGCCUCUAUCACGACAUCGGCUUUCAAGUUUGGCGUACCUUCAGCAACUCCCAAUACGAAUGCGACUAACAGCAACAAUAUUCCGUUUGGACAGACGAAUACUGCUGAAAAGAAAACAGAAGGCGCACUAGCCGCGGCCACAUUGGCAUUUAAAGAACCCUCGAAUUCUGCUCCGAACGAGAAAAAAGGUGAAAAAAAAAGUGACGAUACCAAGGAGGAGAAUGAUAACAGGCCAACCUUUUCGACAUCGACCAAAGAUGCUGCGCCAGCAAUAAAAUCUGGUGUGAACGAUAAAGCUCCCAUAAAUACAGCAGCAAUUAUGGGAUUCGGAAACGCGUUUAAGUUUGGCACACCUAACGCGCUGGCAUCAAAAUCCGAAGAGGAAAAAAGCAGCGAUAAUACCAAGGCUGCAGUUCCCACAGCAGGAGUGGGGGGGCUUUUUACAUUUGGGGUAUCGCCGACGACGUCGGCUUCGCCAGUUACAACCACCACAUUUGCGACUUCAACUCCUGUGUUCGCUUUCGGAACUUCGGUUGCCUCUUCCACUCCAGCCACCACAGCUUCUUCUGCGACGUUCUCGUUUGGUUCGCCAGCUGUACCCGCUACUAUAACAACCGAUACAACGGCACCAACAUCGACAACCGUUACGUCUGGAACACCAACUUCUGUUACUGUGCCUAGCGCCAGCGAUAAUAAUAUAGUUAAAUCGCAGACACCAGUUGCUUUUACUGCUUGUGACGUAUCCACUAUCAGUGCCACUUUAUUCGGAUCCAGUAGUUUGACCACCACACAAGCCACAACGACCGCGACAUUGUUCGGUGCAUCUCCCUCUUCCGUAGCGACGGCUACUACAACGGAGAGUUUAACGGCACCGAUUUCCUCGGCCUUUUCAUUUACGCCGUUAAACACAGCAGCUGUGCCCACAGCUGCAACACAACGACCGCCCUCGUGUUCUCCGCACGAGACUACUUCUCAGGCAUCAAAACCACUUUUCAGUUUCGAUACCUCGCAAUCUGCACCUCUGUCAGCGACUCCUGCUUUAAGUACAGCACUUUCGACCGAACCCACGACUUCGAAGGCACCCUCUGUUCCCGCGUCGUCGCCAUUUGUAUUUGGGGUAUCGAACACGAGCUCCUCGACGCCAGCGGCUUCCUCCACUAUUUCGGCAUCAGCUGGGUACAACUUCGAGGCAGCGGCUAAUGCUUCAACUCCGCCAAUGUUCACAUUCGGACAAAGGGCAGCUGCGUCAUCUGCAAGCGCCACACCAUUGACUUCAGCACCUGGAGGUUUUGGAGCACCAGCUGCAUCCACAGCGACGCCGCCAGCUAGCACUUUCGGAGCACUUGCCGCUUCAGCCCCAACGCAGUCGGCAACACCUGUUUUUGGAGGUGGAACCGCUUCAUCUGGUUCAGUGUUUCAGUUUGGAGCAUCUGCACCCUCUACUCCAGCGGUAACCGCUGCACCAACCCCCACACCUAGUGGGGUGCCAUCCUUCGUCUUUGGCCAGCCUUCUACAGGGUCUCAAUCCGCCGCCAAUACGGUAGCAGGUGGGCCUGCAACAAUGUUUGCUUUCGGAGCUAAUUCGGCAGCGGCAUCUACAAUCCCAGGCGGAACCAACAACACUAAUACUAACACCAACAACGGGACGGCUCCGCCUGCCUCUGCCACCCCUUUCGGGUUUUGUGCCACUCCAACGAUGAGCAAUCUUAAUUCUUCAACGGGCGGUGAAAUGUUCAAAUUUACGAGCCCCGCGGCAGCGCCCGCCGCGACAACGACCUUCCAGUUUGGGGCUCAGCCACCAGCUGGACUAGCUGGUACUGCUGCUCCGUUCCAGUUUGGUGCAACAACAGGUACACCGGCCGCACCUGGAAUUCCUUCGUUCAUAGGUCAAUCCGCUGAUAACCCAUUUAAUGGACCAGUGAUUUCGGGUCGUAAAGUGAAGCGUGCAAUUCGACGGAAGCCAGGCAACUCACGAUAGUCAACUAAUAGAACAGAGCAAUGCCAAAAUAUAAAAUUUAUACUGCUGUCAAAAUACAUAAAUAGCCCUUAGCAUGGGCUAGCGGAAAAUGAGUGUAUUUCGACGGAUAUAUUCCAGUGAUAUUAAUCACAUUGACACAUCUGCCAGCUGCAUGCUUUCGUCAGCGAUUUUGGAGAAGGUUGCUGCUAAUAGUGGAUGUUAGGGCGUAAUGCCAAUACAGCCACCGCCUUCAUCAACUCUUCUCCUCCGACACACAUACAACAGCAACUAAACAACUGCGCAGUGCCGACAACAACUUCACAGGAACCGUUCGCACAGCAUGGACAUACAUAGCUCUAUGUAUGUAUUGUAUUAAGAUUGUAUGAUAUGUAGCAUUUGGUUACUCCUGGCUUAAUUGUGGACCAAAUUAAUUUCCGCAAGUAGUGGAGUAUUCAUCUGCUGGAGAUCCCGAUGACAGGCGAUACUGAUAUUAAAAGUGGGACAGUACAGCUACUGUAAGAUCAUGUUGUUGCUAGUUAGAAGUUCUGAUAAUAGUAGUAGGCCUUGGAAAACGACUGGUAAUUCUUUCUUGUAAACGUAGUAAGACAUAAUAGUUGUCUUUUUAAAUCAAACGUGAAAAAUUAAAGCGAACUGUAUCAGUAAAUCAUGCUGCGUCUUGCAGGGCUACUAGUUGGUCUUUAUCGCAUGUCUUUGGGUAAUAUACAUUAUUAUUAUUUUUAUUUCUAAUCUUAAUAUUUGGUAGCAAGCAAGGAGGAUUAUUUAGAUGGAUAGAAUCUCCUUAAGUUGGGCUGCGUGCGUAUCUUAUGAACUGGCAUAAACAGAUGUAACAAUCCCUAUUGAAGCGAUUAUGUGUACCACCUACUUUGAUUAGCGAUUAAUAGGUAGACGGCUCAUUUUUGGACGGCCGUGCAUUAUUUGUGUGAGACAUGCAACAUUGCUAGUGAUAAAGAUCAGCGUACCCCUUUACCUCACGGGGUUAGUGUCUGUUGGAACGUUGCUUGCAUACAUCACGUUCGGAAUGGAUAAAUAGUUAAAAUAAAUAUUACUGAGGUAUUGUAUGUAAAAAAGUUCCAUCAACCUGUGCUGCCGUCCGCUAAGGGGCCGUCACUUUAUCUAUUAAAUCAAUUCUUUUCUGAUACGAUAUCCCCCGAUCAUUUAAUAGAAGUGUAUAGAUGUUAAAAAAAUAGUACCACAUCACAAACAAGACGACUUGCAUUCUCUUUCUGUUUGUAGAUAAAUAAAAAUAAUUGUUGCCGUUAGCGAGCACAACGAGACUACGCUGUAUGAUUCCGCCUGGUGAUGGGAAAGGGAGAAGGGGAAGUCUUCGACGUCUGCGAGUGGCGGACUGAACGAAGACUGCGGAACUGUAAUCGAACGCGUGACAGCGAGUAAGCUUAAGCAUCCGGUAUCUCAACCCUAAUAUUAUAAUUUAGAUAAAAGUUCAUAUAACUAUAAAGUUGGCUCGAGAUCGGAUUGUCAAGUCGGAUCUGAUGAUUUCUUUAGUCUAAUUAAAUCAAUAUGCCGUCACAGCAUGUCACUGAUCAGCUUUGAGGAUUCAAAAAUAAAAUUUCGUAUCGGAAGAAGAGUCUUGUGUGGCAGGAACAGUGAAGGCCACACCACUUUGUAGUUUGCAGACUAUUACCGAGGGUGACAACACAGAGGAAGUAAAAAUGCCUACAGAUGAAAAUGAAAAGAUGAAAAGAAUUUGCGGAAAGAUCAUAGCGAUGACGAUAAAAUAGUGAAGUAAGUCAGAGAAAAAAUCGGGGGAUCUCGUAUGAUGUUGAAAGCUUCGAAUUUGCGUAAGCAACAGUGUAUGGGUGUGUAAGUUACAAAGUAAACGAGAAUGAG